AUACAAACUUUUCCGACAGCCUUGAAAAACAACCACCCAUCUACGGCGGCCGCCCAUAUAUAGUACUAUGGAUGAUGUUACCUUCAACAAUAACCACCAAUUCUAUUCUGUUGAUCUUUUAGAAGAUAGCGACGGAUUCAAGGCAGCCCCUGCUUCUCCUCCGCCUCCUAAUUCCACCGCCGCCGCCGCCAAGAAGGGAAGAAGAGGGAUGAAGAAGAAAGUGGUGUCGGUGCGGAUUAAUGGCGACGGCCCAAGGAAUUCCUCUGGUUCUACAACUCCACCUUCUGAUUCUUGGGCCUGGAGAAAGUACGGCCAAAAGCCCAUCAAGGGCUCCCCUUAUCCCAGGGCGUAUUAUAGGUGUAGUAGCUCCAAGGGAUGUCCGGCGAGGAAGCAAGUGGAGAGGAACCGGCUUGAUCCGACCAUGUUGCUCAUUACUUAUUCCUGCGAGCAUAACCAUUCCGGUCCGGUUUCCAGAAACAACAAUCAUAACCAAGCCGCCGCCAUCGCCGCCGUGAAACCCACUUCGCCAGAGACGGUUCCGGUUCAUCCAGAACCGGAACCGGAACCGGAGGCGGAAGAGAAAUUUGUGGAGUCGUUAGAGGACCAGUUCAGCUGGUUUGGGGAAAUGGAAACCACGUCGUCCACAGUGCUCGAAACCUCCAUUUUCUCGGGGAGAUCAUCCAGCGGAGUGGGAGAUUCGAUUUCCAGUGACGUGGCAAUGCCUUUUCCGAUGGGGGAUGAUGACGUGGACGACUCUCUCUUUGCGGAUCUCGGGGAGUUGCCGGAGUGCUCUGUCGUGUUCCGACACGGCGGAGGCCCGGGAUUACCAGUCGAUGAACAACCGCCUACAACCCAGCGGCGGAUCACUCCUUGGUGCGGAGCCACCACUUGAGAUGUCCGGCGCGGCCUUCUCUUCGUUUGUAUACUUCUAGGAGCAUCGUCCGCCAUUAAUGCCGGGAAAGUUUCUUUCUUC